GAUGAUUAUAGAAGAGAUAAUAAUGUUAUAAUUUUUAAAUUUUAUUAGUUUAUAUAGAUAAAUUAAUCGAUAACAAAUGUUUUUAUUCCAUAAAGUUAAUAUUUUAUUUUAAAAUGUAAAUUAGUUACAAGUAAAUAUAGCAUUGAAAAUUUUCUAACUAUGAUGAUAAUUUCAUCUAUUAAUAUAGAAUAAAUGAUAAUAUCAUAUCUAUUAAUUUGUCAAAAAAAAAGAAGAUAAUAUCAUAUCUAGUUUUGUAUAUGAAAAUGGUGUAUUUUUGAAAAAAAUGUAUAUGAAAAUGAUGUAUUUUUAUAAGUGUAUUUUCAAAAUAACAGCUAUUUUUCUCAAAUUGGAAUAUGAAAUUGAAGAUAAUACUACGAUAUAUUUGAAAAAUGGUAUAUAUUUUUUAAAGAUAUUUUUGAAUUUAUAUUAAAGACAAAGAAUUCUGAGUUUUUUUUAUUAAUUUGUAUAUAUGCAUUAAAAAAAAUUUUGAAAAAAAUAUACAAUAUGCAUGAAUUUAUACAACUAUAAAUUUAUGAUAUUACUGAGACUAAAUUUUAGGAAUUUUUGAAAAAUAUUAUUUUACUAAAUGUUGUCGUUUUUACAUUGACCCAGCUUAAAUAAAUUUAAUUUUUGUAAUGUUUAUUAGUUUAUCAUGUAUGUAUUUAUUGUGGUUUUACUAUGAUAUAUUUUGAAAUUGUAGUAAUAAUAGCUAUUGUGUAUUUUCUUCUUAUGUUUUUUUUUUGUUCUCGGUGAUCAUCUUUCUUUUCGAGUUCAAUAUAUUCUUAUAGAUUUCCGGAAAAAGAAGGAUAUAUUGUAAAUUUGUGAAAAAAGGGAAGAGUCUAAUUCCAAAAUACGUAAUGAAAGUAUUCAGUGAAUGUCCAGUACUUAUUAAGUUAUAUCAUUGGCAACCAUAUUUAAAAUGAUUUCUUACCAGUUAUCAGUUAUGUCACUUUGGUCAAGGUCUUUUCCUUCCUCUAAUAUAUUUGUUACUAUACACGAUUCUUUUGCACAUAAUAAUAUAGAUAUAUAGAUAUAUAUAUAUAUAUAUAUGCUUACGCACCACACUCAUUGCUCAAGACCAAACCAAAAACUAGCAGUCAUGGCUUCUGAAGUUAGCCACCACUCAUAUUCUUCGCUUCACUUUGUUCUCUUUCCCUUCAUGGCUCAAGGCCACAUGAUUCCAAUGGUCGAUAUUGCAAAGCUUUUGGCUCAGCGUGGUGUGACCAUAACAAUCAUCACAACUCCUAACAACGCAGCGAGGUUCAAAAACGUCUUACACCGUGCCAUCGAGUCUGGCUUGUCCAUCAACCUGGUGCAUGUCAAGUUUCCACAUCAAGAAGCUGGUUUACCAGAAGGACAAGAGAACGUAGAUUUUCUUGAGUCGAUGGGGUCGAUGGCAACUUUUCUUAAAGCGGUUAACAUGCUCGAAGAACCGGUCCAGAAGCUUAUUGAUGAGAUGACACCUCAACCAAGCUGUAUCAUUUCUGAUAUGUGUUUGUUUUAUACAAACAAAAUUGCUAAGAGGUUGAAUAUACCAAAGAUCGUUUUCCAUGGCUUUUCUAGCUUUUCUCUUCUGUGUAUGCAUGUUUUACGCAAUAACCAUGAGAUGCUGGAGAAUUUAAAGUCAGACAAAGAGUAUUUCCUCCUUCCCUCUUUUCCUGACAGAGUUGAAUUUACAAAACUUCAAGCUCCUGUGGAUACACAUCCUCAGGGAGAUUGGAAAGAUGUGCUUAGCAAUUUGGACGAGGCGGACACCACAUCCUUUGGUGUUAUCGUUAACACAUUUGAAGAGCUCGAACCAGCUUAUGUCAAAGAACUCAAGGAGGCCAGAGAUGGUAAAGUAUGGACCCUUGGACCUGUUGCCUUGUGCAACAAGGUGGGAGCAGAUCAAGCUGAGAGGGGAAAGAAGGCAGACAUAAACCAAGAAGAUUGUCUUCAAUGGCUUGAUUCUAAAGAAGAAGGGUCGGUGCUAUAUGUUUGCCUUGGUAGCAUUUGCAAUCUUACCUUGGAUCAGCUCAAGGAGCUCGGGCUAGGCCUUGAGGAAUCCAAAAUACCUUUCAUUUGGGUCAUAAGAAGCUGGGAUAAGUAUAAUGAGCUAGCAGAGUGGAUCUUGGAUAGUGGUUUGGAAGAAAGAAUCAAAGAGAGAGGCCUUCUCAUCAAAGGAUGGUCUCCCCAAAUGAUUAUUCUGCAACAUUUGUCUGUAGGAGGAUUCUUAACCCAUUGUGGAUGGAACUCAACUCUUGAGGGUAUAACAUCUGGUCUUCCACUGCUUACGUGGCCGCUAUUUGCUGACCAAUUCUCCAACGAGAAAUUGGUCGUGCAGGUGUUAAAAUCCGGUGUUAGAGUUGGGGUCGAAGAGCCUAUGAUAUGGGGUGAAGAGGAGAAAAUAGGAGUAUUGGUGGAUAAAGAGGGAGUUAAGAAAGCAGUGGAAGAGUUAAUGGGUGAUUCUGAUGACGCUAAGGAGAGAAGAAGAAGAGCCAAAGAGCUUGGAGAAUUAGCACAUAAGGCUGUGGAAGAAGGAGGCUCUUCUCAUGCUAACAUUAGUCUCCUCUUAGAAGACAUUAUGGAACAAGUUAAAUCUAGAAACUGAUUACAUUGUUGUUUUAAUACAUUAUGUGAGUUUUAUUCAAAUUAUCUUUUUAUAUCAAAUGUGUAUUUUAAGUUCCAACCAGUGUGGUUCAUAUAGAACAUAUGUGUCA